AUGUUACGUCGCCGUGUUGCGGCUAGUUUUGCACCGCAGGCUACCGUUGCCGGCGGUGUUGCGGCAAUCGCCUGGAGCUUUGCAAGAUGCAGCAUGGAUGCCACAGGCACGCUCAAGUCCUCGACCAACUCCCUCAGACGUAUCAGUGCUCCUGGUCGAUACGCCGCAGGCUGCUCUGCGAUGGGGCUGGGCCUUAGUAUCCGGGCGCACUCCACAUCGACACCGUCGCUGAGCACCUCGUCCACCCGCUCCCUCCCCGCCUCGCCGCACCAGUGCUCCAUUGAGCAGGUUUUACUCCCCAGCGUGCAGACAAGCGGGAGCGGCAUUCGCACUGAGACACUGCGGGGGAUGGUGCAGCUGCUGCUAGAUCCCGACGCGACAGACGUGGAGGAUGUCUCCAUGUUGGACUUUGUCGUCAUGGUCCCAAAGCGACAGAUGAUCGCGCUACAUGGCCGAAAGGAACGGCUGGAUGUGGUGCUGGGCUCGGAGCGGUAUCAGGCGUGCAAGGACGCUCGCGCGCUGCGGCUCGCAGGCAUUACGACAGUUGGACGCUGGGAUGAAAACCGCGAUCGGGUGCCCAUCUCCGCCUACUCGCGUGGACUUAUGGAGGAGGCGUAUGCGGCAAUGGCGCGGAACCCGGUGGAGACGCAAAAAAAUCAGGUUAUCACGUGGCUCACAAAGACGAUUCAAAAGGCCAUCAUUGAGGAGUUCGCGGCGAACAAGGGCAACCGGCAGUUUCUCGCUCCACUCAUUACGGGUAUGCAGGCAUUACCAGAAACAGCCGCGGCUGCGUCCAGUGCCGCCAACGCCGCGGCGAUGAUAGAAAGAGACGAAACGCACCCACAAGGCGAGGAGGAGGAGGAGGUACGAAAGAAGCGCACCGAGGACGUCAACGCCACUGCCUCUGCCGCCGUGGAGGAGGAACGCGGCACUCAUAGUAAUGCCAAGACGAACAAGUCUGCGCGGGUUCGUGGAAGAAAACAUGCAAGGCAUGUUGGGCCCAUGGAAGAGGGAACUGAGAAGGCAGGAGGCAGCACCGCAGCCGCCACAGGCGAAGAUGUCAGGAGAAGCGACAAGUCACACCCCACUGUCGUCGCCGCAGAGGACGAGGAGGAUGCGGAAAUUGCACGGUUGCUGCAGGAAACGGAGCAGGAGUUUGCCCCGACGCCGUACAUCCGCGGCAGUGCUCACGACAAGGGUGCGGCAGGGGAGUCCGCGGCAUCUGCAUCGACGUCGGGGACGACAGCCAAGGCCGAUGUUGAGGAUGCGAAGCCUGUCAAGCUGAAGAAAAAGAAGGUUGCAGAUACCGCUAACAAGUCAGCCGAAGGCGGCGAGCACCAGCACGAAGAAAAGGUGACUGCCGUGACGGAAGCCAACACGUCACUUCCGGAUUCAAAGCAAAACAGGUCGCUAGCACGGCUAGCAGAACUGAUGCUUAUUCAGUUCAAUAGCGCCGAUGGUUAUCUUCACCUUCCCGACAUUAAAGACGAUGAAAAGAAGGGGUUUGUUAUUGCCAUAGAUGGAGAUUGCGCGCAGGUGGAUCCGUUUGCACUGUAUAGCACCUUUGGUGCGGCAAAGCUGACAGGCGGGGAACCAGCGGCAAUUACAGCAUUGCAUCAGGUCUGGGCUGCGUACAGCGCUUACAUUGAGGCAAAUGAAGUUGCGGAAGAUGACGCCACGGCGAAGUUUUUCAAGGAAAAGGGCGUGGAGGCAUUAGUGCAUGGAGCCGUGUUGCUUCGCGCCAUCUCACGUGAGCAGGCGAUCACACUUGUGCCACAGGAUAUUCCAACGUACGGGUUUCCGCUGCUUUCCUCCGACCGUCGGCCGCAUCGCACACGGCGCAGUAAAACUGCAACGGACAUGACGGCAGACAAGGUGUGUGAUGCCGUCAAGGCGUAUAGCGCCUUCUUUGCCACUAAAAGUAAGAAAUUUACGCCGAUUCGUCCAACCAUUGACUACAACUCGGGAUGUAGCGUGGCGGCGUUGAUGGGCACGACGCUGCAUCUCUAUGAAACCUCCUUGAAGGAGACAGUGCGGGAGGAGGACAUCCGCUGCCGCUUUGGCGAAGCGAUGCUUGGUAUCCUGCACGUGGUGGAAAAGAAGGUGAUUGCGCGCGUUAAUGUUGUGCACUAUCACAUUCUUGCCACCUCUAUCAGUGGUGGGAGCGGGGGCGCAGGUGGCGUGGAUGGGAUGACAACCUCCAUUGUUAGCGUUGACAUUACAGGCCCUUUUACCGCCUCGGAGAAGACGCGGCUGCUGCAGCUUGCGGAGCCACUCGGUAUGGCAGACGCCAUCGCCGCCUGCACGUGUGUCUCAGAUAUCGUUGACAACAUUGAGACCCUCGGUGUGUCGGUGGUGCACGACAUCCUAACCAACCGCGACGACCUGGAGGCGCUGCUCACCCCCACGCUUGUGCAGCUGCUGCCAGAGGCGGAGGAAGAGGAAGAGGAAGAGGAGGAACAAGAGACGGAGAAGAAACCCUCCACAAGACGCGCACCCGCACCGGUUGUCCCUGCAGCGAAGGACACAUCCUCUAAGCCUGGAAGCUACGGCGGGAACACUGCCGCAGGCGCGAAAGUGGCUGCUACUGCGGCGGACGAGGAGGAAGAGGAAGAGGAAGAGGAGGAGGUCCAUAGCGUCGAUGCUGUGGGUGAGGAUGAGGUGGAGGAGGAGGAAGAAGAAACUGAAGAAGACGACGAAGUCAAACCCGCAAAGGGUGGGAAGCAGAAGACGGCUGCCGCCAAGCACAGGGCAGUCACCGUCGAGGAGGAGGACGACGACGAAGAAGCGGUAGACGAGGAAGAGGAGGAGGAGGAGGAAGACAAAAAGAUGAAAAAUGAGGCGGCGGAGGGAGACGAUGAUGAUGAUGAGAAAGAGGCGGAAGACGAAGACGAAGACGAAGACGAAGACGACGAGGAGGAGGAGGCACCACGUGCGGCAGCCGCAUGCAGGAAGCAGUCCGCUCCGGCUCUUGUGAAGGCACGCUCGGCCCGAGGUCGUGUGCAGCAGGCGGAGGGAGCAAAGAAAACGAGGGAGGAGGAGGGUAUUGAGGAGGCACCACGGCAGCAGCCACAUCAGCGGACUCCCUCGCCAAAGAAGACAACCCACGCUGGCAAGCGUGCACCGCCACCCCCGCCUGCGGCUGCCGAAGACGACGACGAUGAUGAUGCUCUGGAAGACGACGAGGAGGAGGAAGUGCAGCCCCCAGCCCCACCGCAGCACAAUGCGGCAUCGAAGAAGGGAUAUGCUAUGAAGAAGCCAGCCCCGCCACCGCCAGCUUCCGCAGAUAAUGAUGAUGAGGAAGAGGAAGAAGAAGUUGCGCGGCGACCGAUGAAGAAGGGCAUGGGUUUAAGGCGUGCACCGCCACCACCGGUGUCGGCAGGCAAUGACGAGUCCAUGGAGGAUGAGGAGGAUGAGGUUGUUGCGGCACCGCGUGCACGGAAUCGUGGCCGGCGCAUGAACCGUGCUCUUCCCAAUCCAACCACCAUUACCACUGACGAGGACCGUUGGUUCCAAAAGGCAAGGCGCUGA